CUCUUUACUACUUUCAUCGUCCUUUUCUGUGAAAACCAGGACAUCCCUUUUCUCUCAACAACUGCAUUGCAUCCCAUCUCUUUCUUUUCUCCCCUUUUUAUCCACGUCGACAUUGAUCAGCACAUCAGACACAACGUCACAGGGCAACAAAAAGCAAGCCUCACAUACUCGUGACUAGUGUUGCCACUCUGCACCCACUUCCCAUCACCACCACCACCACCACCACCACUCAACAGCACAUCCACAGGUCAUCAAAAACCAUGCUGCUACGACCUCUCAUUGCUGUGGCUGGCCUGUCAGCUGCUGCCAGUGCAUUUCUCCUUCCACCUCAGGUCAGCAGCCAUGAGGUUGAUACCAUGGGGUCCGUCCCCAUCGAGAUUGUUCCCGCCGCCCAUGCCAAGACUGUCCAUCUCGAGUGUGCAGGAUGCCCGCCUGUCUUGAAGCACAAGAACCACAACAAGCACAAGGGCACCCAGCACAAGCAGCAUGUCAGCCAUCUGGAGCUCGACUUCAAGACCGAGUCUGGCAAGUUGAUGGUCAACGGCUUUGAACUGUAUCCCCACUCAGACCCCUUCUCAAAUGUCCUUGUCGCUGCUCAGGUCGCCGAGAAGCCCAAGCACCACAACAAGCACAACAACAAGCAGCACCACAGCAAGGAUGGCGACAAGGGCAAGGAGCUCAAGAGCCACCACAAGUUCCGGCCCCAUGAGGACAGGCCCAAAUCUGUCCAGCAGCAAUUGGGCUUCAGCCUCCAGAUCCAGCCCGUCAUCAAGACUGCUGACGAACUGGAAUUGUUUACCGUGGACCUGCAGAUCAUCGAGGUUGGCUCUGUGUUCGUCGACGGCCUCCCUAACAUCCGCGUUGACCUCAUUAAGGCGCCCAGCCACGAGCUCAUGAUUGCCAAGAUCGAGAAGACCGCCUCCGAGACGACCCCGACUACCAUCGCCGACGGCCAGAAGGAGUGCACCACCAUCCUGUGCAAGUGGCGCGCCAUCAUCGCUGCCCAGCUCGAAAAGAUGAAGACGCAUGGCUGCACGGGCUUGAUGGGCAUCAAGGCCGGCGGCCAUGGCGGUGCUCACGCUCAUGGCGGCCACCACGGUCAUCACGUCGGACAUAUGGGCCACAACCGCCAGCACGGCUGGGCGCUGCUCUUCCGCAAGCUUACCUCGCAUAUUAUCCUGCCCAUCCUGGUCGGCAUCGUCGCCGGUGUCAGCGUCUCCAUCCUCGGUAUGCUGGUCGGUACCAUCCUGGUCGGCCUGUGGCGAAAGUUCGUCCGCGGACAGAGCUUCUUCCCCACGCACCACUGCCGCCGCUUCGGCCGCUCGAGCCACCACAAGACUAUCCACCAGGAGGCAGCCCUGCCCGAGGAGAAGGCUUCAUUGAUGGCGAUGAGCACGGAGGACCUCCCUCCCCCACCUUCCUACGAGGACGAGCCUGCGACGGAGCAUGUGGAGCGGGUGUAAAGGGAUCUACCAACACACCCACCACACCACCAGCCUCAUCAUCUCUCUUUCCUGGUUACACCCAACAUGGCACUAAGAGUAGGAGUGAAGAAGGGAUGGACUGGGUAAACGGUUGCUUGUAUGCAAAACAAUAAAGAAGAGGAUACCAAAUAAACAUGAAGAUGCAGAUUGAGUCAAGGAUCUUCAAGAACGGCGUUUUAACAUGGAUGGAGGGGAUCACUGGAUACGCUGGCGUUGGUCUUUUCCAAAUCCUCACUCAGGAGGACCUUUGUUUGUAGUCAUUCCUUUUGCCAUUCAGGACUUUUUCCUUUUUUAUCUUUUGCUUUCGACUUUCCUUUCACUAUCUCGGAUUUCCUAGGAUUGUCUGCUCAAUACCCAAAACGCUCCUUCUUGAAUUGAUGAUACUUUUCUUUCCCCUCG